AGCGCGCGGCUCCGGGGACACGCACCGGCACCGAACCGCGAUCGGGAUCGGGAUCGGGAUCGGGAUCGGGACCGGACCGGGACCGGACGGCGGCGGAGCCGCACCGGGGCCGGGCCGGCUCCGCUGCAGCGCCGGGCACUCACGGCCGAGCCGGCGGCGAGUUGCCGAGGAGGACGAGCCGGUGUCCAGCCCCGCUUUGAGUGUAGCAGGGCGAAAAUGGGCCGGAAAAAAAUACAGAUCAGCCGAAUACUGGAUCAACGGAACCGGCAGUAGGAGCCGCUUGGGGACAAGGUGACCUUCACCAAGCGGAAAUUCGGGCUGAUGAAGAAGGCGUACGAGCUGAGCGUCCUCUGCGACUGCGAGAUCGCCCUCAUCAUCUUCAACAGCACCAACCGCCUCUUCCAGUACGCCAGCACCGACAUGGACAAGGUGCUGCUCAAGUACACGGAGUACAGCGAGCCCCACGAGAGCCGCACCAACUCCGACAUCCUCGAGACGCUGAAGCGCAAGGGGCUGGGGCUGGAGAGCCACGAGCUGGAGCUGGACGAGGGGCCGGAUCCUGGGGAGAAGGCGCGGAGGCUGAGCGAGGGCAUGGACCUGUCGGUGGCACGGCCAAGGUUUUACAGCCCGGUGCCGCUGCCCGAGGCAGCCUACGGCAGCUCCCCGCCGGCCACCGACGGAUCCCUGAGCAGCGCCAGCGUCUCCCCGCAGGGCCAGGGACGCCCACCCGCCUUCAAGCCAGCAGCGCCGAAGCCACCGGGACGCUCACCAGGACCUCUGCCCCCAGGUAUCGGCUACCCCCUGUUCCCCGCCGGCAGCCUGAACCGAGCCCUGGCCACCAAGACGCCCCCGCCGCUGUACCUGGGGGCCGAGGGCCGGCGCGGCGAAGCCCACGGCAGCUUGGCGAGUGGCCGGAGCGCUGGCAGCGCAGCGCGGCCGCUGUACCCCGCUCUGCAGACCCUGAGCCCCGUGCUCGCCCCGGGCAGCGCCGGCGUCCCCAGCCACAGCCUCAGCGGCUUCCCCUUCCUCGCCCCGGCACAAGCGGAGUUCGGGGCUGGCGAGACCCCGCCACCCCCCAGUUUCCUGCAGCCCGGCCCCACGGCGUGGCAGCACCCACGGGACAUGGCAGCGCUUGGGGUCAGCAGCCGGAUUGUCCCCACCGAAGAGGCGGCCGCGGCCCCCGGCGCCUCCCCCCAGCACCAAGCCAUCAGCAUCAAGUCUGAGCGGGUCUCCCCGGGGCUGGGCUGCUCCUCGGGCACCCCCCAGUCCCCCCUGGCCAGCCUGGCCUCCCUGAGCGAAGCCUCCCGAGGCCCCGGAGACCUCCAGCCGCGGGAUGACUACGCCAAGGGGUACCCUUACCCCCUGGGGCCCCCCCGGCCGCUGGCAGAGGAGCAGCGGGCCCCCCUCCCCGCGCGGCGAGCUCAGGCCAUGGACGCUUGGCAGAGAUAGCGAGGCCGACGGGGUGCAGGGGAAGGGGGGGGGACAAGCCUGGAGAAAC